AUGAAUACAACCAACUCUUCCUCACCGUCGGCUGGCUCGUGGCUUAUCACGUCCAUGCUUAGGGCGUUCAAAAGGGUAGCACAACAACCUACUGGAGGUAUCGAAAGCAACGUCGGUGCAGUGGGUUCGACCGCCAAUAACCACACCAACAACAACAGCAAUGCCAACAAUCACAGGUUCACGGUGUUUCACUACUUCAUAAGUCCUUACUCGGGCGUUUGUAUGAUUAUGGCCAUAGUGCUGAACAGAACUGCGGUGUUUGCCAGCUCAAGAAGGCAUAACCCACGCGCACCGAGAUGGCCCAAGUGGAUCCUCCGUCUGUUUGCCUUGUCCAUGAUCCUGAGAUGCUUAUGGUUCGUGGUUGUUCAGUUUGCAUAUAUCUACCAUCCAUUCCACGACAUGGUGCUGGACUACCUACCAGAAGAACGUCAGCCUGUCCAUUCUUUACUGUGGAGCGUCUUCAUGACUCUGUGCAUAUCCCAGUUCUUAGAAACGUUUGUGUCUAUAACUUCAGGCCAAUCGCCUUCAAAUGACACUGGGUUAACGUUGUUUGAGCAUUCCAUAGCAUUCCAGGAGUGUCAAAGAAUGAAGAUUCCGUCGCCUCAUUUACUGAUCAUAUGCUGUUUCUCAUUGAUAACACAACUCACGACACAUACCGUGGGGUUGUUGGGCCUGAAGAAGUACCAACUUAUACCUUCAACAAUCUUGGGUAUAUCAUUUCUGCUGUUUUACUGUUUGACCAUAUACUAUGGUGAACUGGAGUACAUGCCUAGCGUCGUGCUGGGAUCGGUGUUCCCUCAGUUGUUCGUGUUGGUCACGACAACGUUCUGUGUUGCACUUUACGAACUGAGUGUGUUGAUGAACGGUGGUGAUGCUUCUACACUUACCUAUACGCCUAUGAUGGAAAACUUGAAAGAUUCUCUUAACUUACAACUAAACGAUGAUUUUAACUCUGCGCUUAUGAGAUUUGGAUAUAUCAUGUUUACAGCAGUGGAGGAUAAACAAUACGUCAACGAGUUACCAGCUUUGACAUUGUCUAAGGGAACUUAUUUGGAGCAGCACCAUUUAGUAAGUGGAUACUUGAACAAGCUGGAGAAUAACCCAGACUUGGUGGAGUUGAAGCAGACUAAACCAUCAAGUCAAGACAUUCCCUUUUACAGAAAUUGGAACUUGUACAAGAAAUUUGCUAACAUGGCUAAGUUGUUACAAGCGUUGCUCUUGUUGGCCAUACAACUUAUUCGUCAUAAACCGAACCCCACGACGAAGAAAUUACCAACGCCUCAACUCUAUGGAAAUCUGCGCCAUUCAAACGAUUCAACCUCGUGUUUAUUGGAUGAUUCUUUACAAUUGGAGGAUGUUGAUACUUCUGAGGACUUUGUACCUCGUGAAUCGGAAGAUGAAGAAUCUGAAGUCGAUCCAUUGGAGUACGAUUCGGAAUUGGAUGAACUGGAAAUGGAUCAAGAAUACGUGCCUACGCUGGCGAAGGCACGCUUACGCCAAAGAGUGAUUCAUCAGACUGAAAAAGCAUCGACAUUAAAUGAAUUGUUUACUCCAGAUGAUAUAGUUCACUGGAUCUCUCCAAAUACACAGGAUACGGAAGAGAUGUCGUUGAUUCAUACUAUGAGGCUACACUUAUCACAGGAUAGAAGAUUGACAAGAAGACAAUAUGGAGAGCUGAACAGAGAUGGGUUAUUAGAAGAGGUUAUCCAAUGUGCUAGACAUAAUCACAAUGCAAACGAUAUCGAUGAUCACGAGCACACCAGUGAGGAAUUGACAUGUGUUGUUGUCGUAUGA